CCGGGUGGAAAAUAUAUUGAUAAAGCUUACUUCUUAUUCGAGAACCAAUUCAAGCAUCUAUAUGCAGACCUCAUCCUCAGCUUGGAUGACCAAAAAACCAGUGAGGGCAUCAUCAGGUACAUGUCAUCCGAAGACGCCUUCAAAGUGGUGGAGAUGGAGCUCAAUUUUAUGUAUGAUGUGCUAUACACCAAGGCAACAGUGAUUUAUUCUCUACUUGGCAUUCUGCUCCGUUCCACCAGCUUCUCCUUCACUAUUUCUACUUUAGCGGCCUUCCACUUCUUCAUCGAUAAGCACGAGUUCUCAAACAUUGACAUCGACAUUACUUAUUACUCUUUGGAGCUAUUUUUCUUGAGGUUUAUGCCCUCACUAAGCUGAUUUUGUCCGACUGGAACAUUGUCUGGUUGAGCAGCAAGAUGAACUCCCUGGCUGAUUCCAUUUACCGAGCCAUUACCUCUUUUAGAUCAGUUAUAACCAGUGACAAGAGAUGGUCUAGACGCAUGGCACAGAACAAUUUAAUUGAUUCUUGCCUCAGAGACAAAACCAAGUUCAAUCAGGUUCCCAGGUUCCUUGACAUGAGCAAAUUCUUAGAGAGGUACUGGUACAUGACUUGGGAGAAGGUGGAUGACAUGAAGGAACCCAUCUUCAGCUUGCUCCUAGAGAUGACAAAUGAUGUCAGGGAUCUCAGGUCACUACUCAAACACAGAGGUGAUUAUGUGAUUACAAAAAGAGGGUUUAUUGAGACACUUGGUUGGAGUAUAGUUGACGUGGAAUUUGAUCACAGCAUCCUCCUUUGGCAUGUUGCAACAGAUCUCUGUAGCUAUUCUGAUGAUGACCCCAAUCCUAAAUCAAGAUGCAAAAUAAGCAAAUGCUUGUCUGAGUAUAUGUUGUAUCUGCUAGUCAUGUGUCCAUUUAUGCUGCCUAAAGGGAUAGGGGAGUUUAGGUUCCGAGACACCUGUGCAGAGGCCAAAAGAUUUUUUCAACAAAAAAGCGAGUUUGUAUCUACCAAAAAUGAAGCUUGCAAAUUGUUGCUUCAAGUUAACACGAGACAUGAGCCCAGAGAAGUGAAAGGAGAUAAAAGCAAGUCAGUGUUAUUCGAGGCAUGUAGGCUUGCCAAAAUGUUGGAAUCUCUGGAAGAGAAAUGGGAGAUCAUAAGUGACGUGUGGGUGGAGAUGUUGUGCCAUGCUGCCACUCAUUGUGGGUGGAUUCAACACGGUCAGCAACUUAGGCGGGGCGGGGAGUUGCUCACUCAUGUGAGCCUACUCAUGGCACACCUCGGUUUCAGUGAGCAAUUCCAAAUAGAGGAAGGUGAAACAGGCUUCGCUCGCAGUUUCACUGAGGAAUUCAGUAUGAGGGGCUGGAACAAUUCCGGCCGUUACUUCUAUAAUUUAGAUUCUGGGGUUACAGGACAGAUACGUAUUUAACUGGACGUAUGUAAUUUAAACACCUUAUUUCUUACAUGUAUUUUCGAUGUAGGAUGGGAUCUAAGAAGGGUAGAGAAAUGCUCACAAUAAGAACAUACUAUGGAGGCCCAAUUCUACAGCCCACUCUCCCUUAGGCCUUAUGUUCCCUCAUACAUUGUUGUAGGCCCAAUCACUGAAUUGGAAAUUUAAUGCCCCAUUUUUUUUCUGUCUGCC